CACAUCCAUUCUGAGGAGGGCGGUCCAUGAUGAGACUGCUAGCCUCCUUCAGCGAGCUAACAGUGUGCGGCUAGCGAGCUUUCAAAGUAUGCUGUGUAUUUCGGAACCGCCACGAUGAAUAUUACGAUGGAGUGCCAUAUACGCAUCUUUCCAGAAUAUAUUGGCCCCAUCACCAGUAACUAUAUAAAUAAUUCUUAAAGAACGAGGCUUUUCCGACUUUCAUCGAUCCAAACUUGGAUGGACUGAGCUGGUGAGCCGCUCGGGACGGACGGUAUCCUUCAGCACAAACAGACAUCAUUCACCUUGCAUAGCGAGUGCUGAGAAGAACCAGAGGAGCUUGAGAAACCUCCAAGAAGCAGGAUGCCUCCCAGGCCGUCGUCGGGGGAACUAUGGGGCAUGCACUUGAUGCCCCCGCGCAUCCUGGUGGACUGCCUCCUGCCUAACGGCAUGUUCCUCACGCUGGAGUGCCUGCGGGAGGCCACGCUGAUCACGGUGAAGCACGAGCUGUUCAAGGAGGCCCGGAAACACCCGCUGCACCAUCUGCUGCAGGAGGAGACGUCCUACAUCUUCGUCAGCGUCACGCAGGAGGCUGAGCGGGAGGAGUUCUAUGAUGAGACACGCCGGCUGUGCGAUCUCAGGCUCUUCCAGGCCUUCCUGAAGGUCAUCGAGCCUGUAGGCAACAGGGAGGAGAAGAUCCUCAAUAGGGAGAUUGGAUUUGCCAUCGGGAUGCCCAUAUGUGAGUUUGAUCUGGUGAAGGACCCGGAAGUCCAGGACUUCAGGAGGAACAUCCUGAACGUGUGCAAGGAGGCAGUGGACCUCCGGGACACCAAUGGGCCUCAUAGCCGGGCCCUCUACGUCUACCCCCCAAACGUAGAGACCUCCACAGAACUUCCAAAGCACAUCUUCAAUAAGCUAGACAAGGGUCAGAUCAUUGUGGUGAUAUGGGUGAUUGUAACGCCCAGCAACGACAAGCAGAAGUACACGCUGAAGAUCAACCACGACUACGUGCCGGAGCAGGUGAUCGCAGAGGCCAUCAAGAAGAAGACCCGCAGCAUGCUGCUCUCCCAGGAGCAGCUGAAGAUGUGUGUGCAGGAGUACCAGGGCAAGUACAUCCUCAAGGUGUGCGGCUGCGAUGAGUACCUGCUGGAGAAGUACCCUCUGAGUCAGUACAAGUAUGUGCGUAGCUGCAUUAUGCUAGGACGGAUGCCCAACCUUAUGCUGAUGGCCAAGGACAGUCUCUACUCACAGCUGCCCAUGGACACCUUCACCAUGCCCUCGUAUGCCCGCCGAAUCUCCACGGCGACGCCCUACAUGAAUGGCGAGACGGUCACGAAGUGUCUGUGGGCCAUCAACGGCACGCUGCGCAUCAGGAUACUAUGCGCCACGUAUGUCAACGUCAACAUCCGGGACAUCGACAAGAUCUACGUCAGGACAGGCAUCUACCAUGGUGGAGAGCAACUGUGUGACAAUGUGAACACGCAGCGCGUACCUUGCUCCAACCCCAGGUGGAACGAGUGGCUGAACUACGACAUGUACAUUCCAGACAUCCCGCGCGCGGCCCGGCUCUGCCUCUCCAUCUGCUCUGUGAAGGGAAGGAAGGGCGCCAAGGAGGAGCACUGUCCGCUGGCCUGGGGCAACAUCAACCUGUUUGACUACACGCACACACUGGUGGCGGGGAAGAUGGCCCUCAACCUGUGGCCUGUUCCCCACGGCCUGGAAGACCUGCUCAACCCCAUCGGUGUCACGGGCUCCAACCCCAACAAGGAAACGCCCUGUCUGGAGCUGGAGUUUGAUCACUUCAGCUGCCCCGUCAAGUUCCCCGACAUGGCCUCCAUCGAGGAGCACGCUAACUGGAACAUAUCGAGGGAGCUGGGAUACAACUAUUGCCACACCAGCCUGAGUAACAGGUUGGCGCGUGACAACCCCCUGACUGACAGCGACAACGAGCAGCUCCACUUGGUCUGUAGCAGGGACCCCCUCUCUGAAAUCACAGAGCAGGAAAAAGACUUCCUCUGGAGGCACAGACAUUACUGCUUCAACAUACCAGACAUCCUUCCCAAGCUCCUGUUGGCGGUGAAAUGGAACUCCAGAGAUGAGUCCGCACAGAUGUACUGCCUGCUGAAGGACUGGCCGGCCAUUAAGCCUGAGCAGGCAAUGGAGCUGCUGGACUGCAACUUCCCUGACCCCAAGAUCAGGGAGUUUGCGGUGAAGUGCCUUGAGAAGUACCUGACCGACGACCGGCUGUCGCAGUACCUCAUCCAGCUGGUGCAGGUUCUGAAGUACGAGCAGUACCUGGACAACCCGCUGGCUCGGUUCCUCCUGAAAAAAGCCCUGACCAAUCAGCGUAUAGGACACUUCUUCUUCUGGCAUUUGAAGUCGGAGAUGCACAACAAGACGGUGAGCCAACGGUUCGGCCUGCUGCUGGAGUCCUACUGCCGGGCAUGUGGUAUGUACCUGAAGCACCUGAGCAGACAGGUGGAGGCAAUGGAGAAGCUCAUCAACCUCACUGACCUCCUCAAGCAGGAGAAGAAGGACGAAGCCCAGAAGGUCCAAAUGAAGUUCCUGGUGGAGCAUAUGAGGAGGCCCGACUACAUGGACGCCCUGCAGAGCUUCACCUCGCCCCUCAACCCCGCCCACCAGCUGGGAAACCUCCGGCUAGAGGAAUGCAGGAUGAUGUCUUCUGCCAAGCGACCUCUUUGGCUGAACUGGGAGAACCCUGACAUGAUGUCUGAGCUCCUCUUCCAGAGCAAUGAAAUCAUCUUCAAGAACGGAGAUGAUCUAAGGCAGGACAUGCUGACGUUGCAAAUCAUCAGGAUAAUGGAGAACAUCUGGCAGAACCAGGGUCUUGAUCUCAGGAUGCUUCCAUACGGGUGCUUGUCCAUCGGGGACUGCGUGGGUCUGAUCGAGGUGGUGAGGAACUCCCACACCAUCAUGCAGAUCCAGUGCAAGGGCGGCCUGAAGGGAGCGCUGCAGUUCAACAGCCACACGCUGCACCAGUGGCUCAAGGACAAGAACCGAGGAGAGAUGUAUGACCAGGCCGUCGAUCUGUUCACGCGGUCGUGCGCAGGCUACUGCGUAGCCACCUUCAUCCUGGGCAUCGGAGACCGACACAACAGCAACAUUAUGGUGAAAGAAGACGGACAGCUGUUCCACAUCGACUUCGGCCACUUCCUGGAUCACAAGAAGAAGAAGUUUGGGUACAAGCGAGAGCGUGUGCCCUUUGUUCUGACGCAGGACUUCUUAAUAGUCAUCAGCAAAGGAACCCAGGAGUGUACCAAGACCAGGGAGUUUGAGAGGUUCCAGGAGAUGUGCUACAAGGCCUAUCUGGCCAUCCGCCAGCAUGCCAACCUCUUCAUCAACCUGUUCUCCAUGAUGCUGGGCUCCGGCAUGCCCGAGCUGCAGUCCUUCGACGACAUUGCCUACAUCCGCAAGACGCUGGCCCUGGACAAGACAGAGCAGGAGGCUGUUGACUACUUCAUGAAGCAGAUGAACGAUGCCCACCACGGUGGCUGGACCACAAAGAUGGACUGGAUCUUCCACACCAUCCGCCAGCACGCCAUGAACUGAAGCGGGCGUAGCCCCCGGGGCAGUGGCGACCACGGUGGGCAUGAGGCGAGAGCGGUUGGGACUGAAAGGAAAAGGUUCCUACACCCGGUGGAAGGAGUCGUUCCCCUUCCUCUCUUAGAAUGCCGUCUAGGGCGCCGUGACGAUCGCCGGCGUGCUUUUGUUGCCUUUUCUACUCUGCGUCUGACCCUCAGCCGUCUGCUCCGCGGAACUCUCCAAGACCCGGGGGGAGCAGGAGAGGUUCCGCUCAGAUCUUCUACCUUCUCCACAGCAGGGAAGAGGAGAGCGGGGAACAUUCAGCCUUCUUCCUGUAAGCACCGAACCAUGAGCGCACUGCUUAGUUGAUCCUUAAAACAUCAGCAUUGAAAGACAGUAUGACUUAUUCUGGUAGCCUAGCAGUUACACUAAGUUAUGUUCUACCCACUACCUAUGAGGACCUGAAGGAGGCAGAGCACAUCUCGCCUCAAUUUGGGCCUCUUUUGUCCGGAGGAUGCAUGGCAAGGAAUUGAAAAGCGGACCCGAAACAGAUCCCUGAGGUGCCCUCAAAGCCGGUCGACAGGUUGAAUCUGGAGGCAUCGGCACUUCGGCAAACGCUGCAAAGGACAGGAGGGUCGCUCUGCUGUGGACAAGGUGUUACGCAAAAAGCUGAGUUUAUUCAAAGUAUAACGUUUGACUCCCGCUGACGACUAUCACGUUUUUGUUUUGUUUCUUUUAAUGUUCGUGUCCUCCAUAUAUCCCCUCUCGUUCUACAGAUGUGGGCCUGGCCUUUUUUUUUUUACUGCAGUAUAUUCAUCCCUGGAUGCUUACUGUGCACAUAUACCUUUUUAAGUCUUUAUUUUAUACUGAGCCAAAGUCCCUGUAAGUCACCUAUACAUCAUUUGUUGUUUUUAACUCACUACUAUUCCAAUUCCAGUUUAUCUACGUAGCACUGAUCUUUUCUCCAUUUCAGUUUUUUAUUUUAUGAAAAAAAAAAAAAUGUUAUCUGUCAGUAUUAUAAUUAGUGUUUCCAGCAUUAAGUUACUUAGCGUUGCAAGGGAUGAAAUACCCAUUUCAAGGUUUGAGAAAGCUAAAGUACAUGUUUGAGUUCAGCUCUAUUCUUGUUUAUCGUUGUCCUUAUUUGGUUUCUGUGAGUGACUAAGGCACACCGUUGUUCUCAUCGUGAUGUUGUGUUACACUAUGCAAACUGUACCUUAUUUGUCUGUUCGUACUUUCCCACACAAACGUGUUCUGGUUAAGUCCUCGACAAAGUGAUGAAGUGAAACCCAGAUGACUUUCCCCACCUUGUCGCAGUCCAAGGCUAGCAUUUUAUAGACUGAACAGAGAAGAUGAAAAUGAAGAAUAAUAAGAAGAAAAAUGAACCGAUGAUACUGCGUCAUCAUCGCUGUAGAACUGGCUGCUCACGCACAGAAGGACCAUCAACCCUGCCUUUUCCAUGUUCUUAUUUGACUUUUAUUUCUGUUGUGCUGAGUCAUGACCUGUAUGGGCACCACAGCCCUCAUGGCGACCCUGUUUUAACCUGUUAACCCUCUGCUUCAAGCCUCUUCAGCUGAGAUACCGAGACGAUGUAGGUGAUUUAGAAACAAUCUACUCUACAAUCCAACCUUGUGAUCUUUAAUUCCCCGAAACCCGUUCCCAAAGAAAUAGUCUGAACCUCAAAGGGAAAUUAAAGAAUUACAUCUGAGAGUGCCCGCUGGCGUCAUGAGUUGAGGCCUUGUCUCAGCUCUACCAAAUAACACAGAAGAGAUGGACGCCUUCUUGGCCAGGCCUCACGUCUCUCAUAGAUAAACAUGUAUCUCACUAAGACCUGUGGAUGAGGGGCCGUGGACUGCCCAGGAUAGCGAUGCCUUAGUGAAUGUGUGCGUUUCCGUACAGGAUACAGACCCAAUGGGCUGGCCCCAUUCAAGAGUGUCACAUGCAGACGAUAAGAUGGAAAAAUUAUCCUAAAGUUCAAUGCCUUCCCCCCCCUACACUUUGUCUUUGUAUGUGGUUGCUUUGGUCAUUUUAUCGCUGCAUCAUGCAUGAGGUCCCGAGUGCGAUUGUCUUUUGGUUGACCUGAUGUUUACUUGAAUUUCAUGUUAAAAGAAAGAAAAAUGACCUUGUUACUUGUACUUGUGUGUGGUACUACAAUGUCACGAUGAAGGUAACUUAUACCGAAAAAACGUGCAAAUGCUUUCCUUGAAUAACGCUACAGAGGUAAUAUAUUUUUGUAUUUUAAAACGUAUAGGCAGAGGAGCUGAUGUCUGUUGAAAUCGGCGAAAGAUGGAAGGAAGAAAUAAAUAAAUAAAAAAUAAAAACUAAGUUGGAGUCGUGCAUUGUGUGAAGCGGUUCUCUUAGUGAAACCAAGUAGACGGCUCCUAGCUGUCGAAACGAUAUGAAACGAUAUGAAUCCUAACUGUUGAAGGACGGGUCUUUGAAAAGUGCAGAGUGUUGUUGUGCAGAGAGAGAUCUGAGCUCAGUAAGGGGUUGCCCUGCAUGUUUUAUGUUUUUGUUUGUUGUAAAGGACACAUCAUCCAUAUGAUACAUCUAUUCAUGUGUACAUUUCCAUAACACCUCUUAGAAUGAUCUUGUCAACCCACUUCCCUCCCCUAUUCCUCUUAUGAACCCAUGUCUGACAAAAGUAUUAAUUCAUAAACUCAUUGUACUGUUAAAUAAAAAAUAUUUGUCUUUAUUGAAA